AUGAUCCACCUGGUCAUAGACUUCAAGGUGGCCUACGAUGCCAUAGGAUUGAGGAUCAAUGCGACGAAUGCAAAGUACGGGUUAACUCUGAUCACGCUAGAACCCAACUUGGAAGAAGAGUAUCAGUUGACGGCGCCUAUCUCGCGAAGAACCGUAUCGGACCGAGCUGGAAGUGGUAAAGUGGAACGCCAUGCCAGCAGCAUUCCUCUCCAGCAACACUCCCCGCCCUAUGCAGCCAACUUUAUAAGCAGCAUAGCGGCGAUCAAAAGAACGGCCAGCCAGAAUGCAGCAGCAUCGGCUCACGAAGCAGCAGCUCGAGAUGCUUCGACAGCGUGUGUCUUUGGCGUGGAAACGGAGAGCCAGCCAGCAUCAGGUCAGAACGGUUACCCACACCCGAAACGGCACUCGAAGUACGGUUCGCCGAGUAAAGCCGUACCGAUGCCACAGCGCCCGGAAGCGCACGGACAUAAUGGUCCGAACGGCCGAUCGAAUGCUAAAGUAGCUCCGGCGUACACGGAUCCGUCCGGGAGAAAUCUGCACCCGUUCGGCUCCGGUGUCAGCGGCGAAAACAAUGGCAGAAUAUUUAAUCAACCGACGCUUCCGCUGCCGGUGCAGAUUCCGAAUCCUUACGCUUGUACGCCGUCGUCGUCGUCGUCGUCACCUGCGAUGCCUUCGGUGACGUGCCCAAAUUAUGGUGCCCAGCCGUUGCAGCACCGGUCCGGACCAUACCAACAGACACCGGUAGCACAAAAGACUGAUUAUCUGCAACCUUCGCUGGGUGGCGUCAGACACGGCGGUGGCGUAAAUCAAAAGUCCUCAAGCUCGACAGGCGUGCCGACCGGGGUUGGAGAUGGCUGUCGACGCGUUUUUGCCGUGCAGCCGGGUGGUACGGUGGCAGGUCGCUUCACGAAACACCAAUCAACCUCGGCACAAUUGGGUCUCACCGGUGGAAAGCUAACACCGAAGCUGCUGAAUGGCAUCUACGAAAAACACUUGUUGAGCCAGACUACCUUCGAGGUGGGCACGAACGGUGCACUGCUAACAAGUUCGUCCGCCGGAGUGAAGGCUCCAGCAACCACCAACAACUCCCACCACCCUGGCAGCAAACACAACUCCUCGGAAGUGACUCGAACGCUAACGAAGAGUGACACUCGGUUGCGUGCCACGUCAAAAGCCACGGGAAAGGAAGGCUCAUCCGUGCCGGUGUACGAAUGCACCCAGCGAAAUGCGCCCGAAACGGAUGAACAUAAUUUGUAUGAGUCCGUACGUACGAGCAAUUAUCACAUAUACGAAAAGAUUGACUCGCGAAGAUCUUCCCUCGGCGGAAGUACACCACCCGUCACGUCAUGCGCUUCGUCAGCAGCGUCCUCGGUCGAGCAAUACGUACGUCCGGUGGCACCACAUCUAGCGCCCCCACCACUGCAUCCACGUCCUAAAUCGCAUCCAUCUGGAGGGAUCGAACCCGUCGAAGGGACGCUAUCCUUAUCCGUCGUUCGUCAGAUCGAGCUGAAUGAAGUACAAAAAUCGAUACAGUUUAAACUAGCGCCAAAUAGUUCCGGAGGCUCGAGUGUUCUUUCUCCAAUUCAGGAACGUCCGCCGUUACCACCGACCACGGGCACCAGGACAGUGGUACUGGCCCAACGAAAUUCAGCGACACGUUCCGAGCGGGUCAACAUUGCGCUGGAAACGGCCAAAGCAAUUGCAACGGCAGCGUACAUCGAACGAGCUGCACAACGAUUGGCUUCCGGCGGUAGCGAAAUUGCACCGGUCACGAAAAACGGCACCACGGAAAUGAGUGCGAACGGUGGUUUCUGUGGAGCGAUCCAGCGCGCACCGCCCCCGAUGCCGGCCGGUUUGGCCCGCCGGAUGGCGAACCGAGAAAAUAUUGGACUUGGAAAGGUCAAAGUCAUGCUCCGAGUGUCCGAUGACCCACCGAGGCAAGCGUCUGCCAGCGAACAGCAGGACCAGUCGGCGCCUGGAUCCAGCACAAGCACACCCACCUACCUGACCGUGGACAAGAAGAAGCGUCAGGUGACGCUAACGGAAACGCAAAGCAGUGCAACGAUGGCCCCAUCCGAACGGGGCCCGAUGGUUUCCGCACCGAAAAUGUUUGCAUUCGAUGCAUUAUUUACGACCGAGGACUCGCAGCAAGAUAUCUGCGGGACGGCACUGUCGGAGGUGAUACCGGCCGUACUGGAAGGCUCAGAUGGCUGUCUGCUGUCACUAGGAUACCCAGGAGCAGGUCAAUCACGCACCAUGUUCGGCACGGCCGCGUCUCCCCCGGGAGAUCUCGGCGCAAUACCGUGUGCCAUCUCGUGGCUGUACAAGGGUAUUAAUGAGAAACGUCAAAAAUCGGGCGCCCGCUUCUCCGUGCGUGUCAGUGCGCUCGGCGUAAACGCAACGAAACCGGGCUCAUCCUCCAGGGAUCUGCUGGCCGGACAUGCGACAGAAUCGGAUGACUCGCCAGGCAUGUACCUGAGGGGAGAUUUUCUCGGUCGGCCAACGGAACUUCGAGCACCUACAGCGGAACGGGCAGCACUCUUUCUCGAUUUGGCUUUAUCAGGACGAGCGCAGUGCAAUUUCGAACCGGCCUUAAUCUACACGCUGCACGUUUACCAGUACAGCUUGUCCGGAAAGCGAGGGGUUGAAGGAGGAAGAAGUCGUUUGCAUCUGAUCGAUCUUGGAGGCUGUGCUAAUCGAAACGGAGGUCUACCACUGUCGGGAAUUGGGAACGUCCUGUUGGCGAUACUGAGCGGCCAAAAGCAUCCACCAAACAGGGAUCAUCCACUGACACCGCUAUUACGAGACUGCCUUGCACCCAUCACCUGUCAUGUAGCCGUUGUGGCUCAUGUAGCUCAUACACAGACACAUACAGACACGCUCACGACCAUCCAGCUUGCCUCACGUAUCCAUCGGAUGCGACGAAGACUACGGCCCCGAAAUCAUCUGCUAGGAGACAAAGGACUGAACAACGGUUCCUCCGGACACCAGUCGGGUGGUUCGUCCGAAGGUCCAGAUCCAUCCAGUUCUGACUUUUCGCAGGAUACCGUCAUCUACAUGGGACCAUGCGAUGAUCCCACCGACGGUGAGCAUCCACCCGUAUAUCUUCCAAGUUUAAACUCUGGCGACAAUCGGUGCGCAAUGAACAAGGCACUUAAGGGUUCGGUAGCGGAGAAAGGACCCUGCAAUACUUCGACACCUUCACCGAAGAAGAAGGCUUCCACGGCAAACGCUUCCAAAGCUCAACCAACGAGCACUCCCGCCACGAGUAAUGUUGCCACCGUUAUCCCCGGACGUACUGAUAGUCUUAAGCGCCAGCAGCACCCCUACGCACAUCAGCAGGCCCAAGGCCCGGAGCUUGUCUCGAACGCCAUUCAGAUAGCGUCCCAGCAUGCAUCGCCCAAAGUGAUAGCGGGAGCCUUUAAGCAUGUGUCUGGCGUCAGUAAAGGCUCCAACAUCCCUACGCCAAAGGGCUCGCCCAUGAGACGUCCAGCUGCAGGACCGUCCGUUACAACCGUCGGCACAUCCGCUCGUGAAAGUCCUUCGCGACAAAUCAGCGAAGAGAAGUGGAUCGAUGGUCCUCGUGUGUCGAAAUCGAAGGUACACGAAGCUCGCCACUUGAUGCGUGAGAUAAAUCACGUUAAGAAAUGUGAAACAUGGGUCGACGGACCAAGGACGCACGCUUCCCAACCCCACGCGAGUCAUUCGCAACUUCCUUCGGCUAGUGCUGCGGUGGCGGCGGCGGCAGCUGCCAACAUUGCCGGUGGGUAUGGGUUCAUGGAUACACACAAAAAGAAUAUGAUCCGCCAGUGGGUCGAAAACCAAUCCAUCCAGCUACUGCAACAGUCAAUGUCGGCGAACAACUCACCGAUGCACACCAAGCUUCACACCACCUACAGUCUGCCAAAGUUUAAACCAAGUCGAUCCGAUGAGGAUGGGUUUCUGACGCUCGAGCUCGAUCGUGGUGGUGAUGAGCUGGUUAAUCCGAUCGCUAUGAGAGGCUUUACCGCUGCCACCACUAUCGCUGCUAACAGUUCCGAGAGUCACGUACGAACGGGGCUGAAGCAGGGCUACAGUCUCGAUGCGGAACAGAUGUCAGUGCCAACAGUGUCCAACGCUCAAACCACCCUUCACCAUCACCAACAACAGCAACAGAGUCAACCGUUGUAUGCUUCCAUCACGCCUGCGUCUAAAAUGUCAAACGUAGCCGCAGCGACCACGAUGACUUCGACGAGUUCUCUACAUGACAAUCACUCGGAACGAUCGAGGACAACUUCGCAAGCAAGUGAUAGAGCAUCCAACACGCAACAGCAACAAACAGACGGAGCUACCCAAGAGGAAGAGGAUCAAGACAGUGGACCGUCAGAGGUCCCGCCAGCUUUACCACUGAUGGAUCCGCUUGGGUCACGGGAGAUCUCUCAUGAAAGCAUACACAUGCUUUGUUCGAGGCAUGCUUCCAGAGAUGACGCGAUGAGUGUACAUAGCCAUAACAGUCACAACAUUGGCAUGAUGGACUGUGGCCUUCAGGUGACGGAGGAUGAAAUUGCGAAGGCAAUGAAGGGAGAACACCCGCUGAGCGCCUUGAGUCAUGGAGAGUUGUCCAUCGUAUCGACCUUCAAUGUUGGUGGAGAUGUCUUUAGUGACUGUGUUAUCGGCGAUAACAUGAGAAGCCAAUUUGAUCAACUCGCGCGACUACGCGAGAUCUUCACCUCCCAGCUAGCCAUGGCCGAGGUGACACCGUCCUUCCGGCUUGGAGACAACAACAGUGUGUACAGUGAGCCUGCCUACCGUUUCAAUGCCGGUCCCGGGAGUGUCUGCAGCGAACCAGCCUACCGUCCGCCGAGUCCACGAUGUCGCGACUGUCGACAGUCGAUGACCAUGUCCCGCACACCAAGCCAAAGCUCACUGCCGAGUCUGACGGGGAUAGUAGCAAUCGCGGGUAUGGAACAGUACGCCUCGCUUCGCCAUCCAGACGGUGCUUCCGACCCAAACUUACCAAAGUUGGAAAAGACGACCGACGACAUGAUGAUGGAAUCGGAGGAACCACAUACCCAUAUCCGCGAGAAUCCUCUCUCGGAACUGCUCUGCCAAGGUGAAGACGACGAUGGUCAACUUAAGGGCCCUACUUCGGCACUACUCCCGCCCCAGAAUCUUCCCACCCUUCCACUGCUACCUCUCUCUACACCGGAAGCGUACGAUAGUGGUCACGACUCGACACCAAGGACUUCCAAACAUUCGGGCAUCUCGAGGCGGGCCGAGAGCGGAUAUCAUAGCGUAGGGACUGUUCGUGACAGUGAUGAGUCGAGCUUCGGAUCUGCAGCAUCCAGGGCGCAUCAGAAGUCGGCCGGUGCCAGUGGGAAAAAGCGUAACCGUGCCGAUAACAAAUCGCUCUGCCACUGGCUCCGCAACCCGUUCAACUGCACGUACCCGGAUACGGAGGGUGAAAUCAGUGACUUCUAGAACGCGAGGACACUGCUGAACGUUCGAUGUGCUUUAGCUAAUUUUAACCGUUAUCGUCGUGAGCGCGCAUGGCUGCUAUCGGUGUCGUUGGGCUGCAUCUUGAUGUGUAUAUGUGAGCCUGCCUGCCUAUUCAGAAUAGCCUAACUUGCUGACAAUAAA